UCCGGCGCAGAGAGCGCGGUGACGCGUUUUGCGCAUUUCCUGCAGCUCACGCUCACUCAAGGAUUCAGGAGAGAGCGAGAGAGGGGGAGACGGGAAACAACACAGAGAGAGAGAGAGAGAGAGAGAGAGAGAGAGAGAGAGCGAAACCAACAGGAGCAGCGAUAUGUGUUUGAGGUGCUCUUGAGUCCCCUAAAGACUGCAGUGAGGGGCUAAAACAAGAAGACGUUGCUUUCCCGAGAAUACGCGCAAAUAUCGCGGUAGCGUGAGGUAGAAGCGAGGAGAUUAAUCCCGUAGAGGAGCGAGCGAGCAAGGGGCUGGGAAGGGAGCACCAAUCCCGGAUGGCUAGGCGCGGCUGCGGGAGAGAGAGUUCAGCAAAGCGACCUCCGAAGGGUGUGAGUCUGGGUUGUUCCUGCGUUUUUCAGCCCAAUUACAGAUCAGCUGUUCGGUAGGCGUGCGUGUGUGUGCGCGCUCGCGCGCGCGCGCGUGUGUGUGUGUGUGUGUGUGAGGACAUGGCUAUACUACACUGAGAGUCCGAGGAGCCAGCGGCAAUAUGCGAUGUAGCGGGACUGUGCAGUGACCCCGCUCGUUGGAAGGAAACACUCCGUGGUACACGAGCAGGAACAGCCAGACCAGCCCGAACACACGAACGCACACGUUCAUCUUUUCACACACGCACGCGAAAGCCCGAAGCCAUGCCCGUGUUCAGUGGUCUGUUGAAGGUGCGAGUGUGUGAGGCGGUGGACCUAAAGCCCACACCUUGGGCACUGCGUCACGCCGUGGGGAAGAGCGGCUCUUUCCUUCUGGACCCUUACCUGGCGCUCAAUCUGGACCAUACUCGGCUUGGCCAGACCGCCACAAGGACCAAGACCAACAGCCCCGCCUGGCACCAGGAGUUCUGUACGGAGGUCCGCGAGGGACGCAGUCUGGAGCUGUCCGUUUUCCACGAUGCGCCCAUCGGAUAUGACGACUUUGUGGCCAAUUGCACCAUCCAGCUGGAGGAUCUGCUGCAGAACGGGACCAGGCACUAUGAGGACUGGAUUGACCUGGAGCCGGAGGGGAAGGUGUACGUGGUCAUCGAUCUGUCUGGUUCCUCUACUGAAGCCACAGGGACCAAUGACAAUGAGGAGCGGGUGUUCCGAGAGAGGAUCGGACCUCGCCGGCGACAAGGCGCCGUCCGAAGACGCGUCCAUCAGGUCAACGGACACAAGUUCAUGGCCACCUACCUGAGACAGCCAACCUACUGCUCACAUUGCAGAGACUUUAUCUGGGGCGUGCUGGGGAAGCAGGGAUACCAGUGUCAGGUGUGCACUUGCGUCGUCCACAAGCGCUGCCAUGAGCUCAUCAUCACCAAGUGUGCCGGGAUGAAGAAGCAGGAGGACACACCUGAAGAGGUGGGCUCGCAGCGGUUCAGUGUUAACAUGCCCCACAAGUUCAGUAUCCACAACUACAAGGUCCCCACCUUCUGCGACCACUGCGGCUCCCUGCUGUGGGGCCUCAUGAGGCAGGGCCUGCAAUGCAAAGUAUGUAAGAUGAAUGUGCACAGGCGAUGUGAGUCCAAUGUAGCUCCUAACUGUGGUGUGGACGCCCGAGGAAUCGCUAAGGUCCUGGCCGACCUCGGAGUCACGCCUGACAAGAUCUCCAACACUGCGCAGCGUAGGAGGAAGUUGACACCAGGGCAGGACCCUCCCCAGUCUCCUCCUGAGCUCUCCCAGGCUGAGGACAACAGCUUUAGCCAGCCAGCUGUCCCCACCUCCCCCUCACAGCAGGACUUGGCACAGUUAGAACGCCUGCAGGACUCGCUGUCGCUCGACCAGCAGGGACCACAACACUCCUCCUCCUCCUCCACCACCUCCUCCUCCUCGUCCUCUUCGACGGUGAAGGAGAACGGACAGAUCCAGAGGAGGAGCCUCAAGGACUUCAACUUUAUCAAGGUCCUUGGCAAAGGCAGCUUCGGCAAGGUGAUGUUGGCGGAGCUGAAGGGGACGGAGGAUGUUUACGCCGUCAAAGUUUUGAAGAAGGACGUGAUUCUGCAGGACGACGACGUGGAUUGCACCAUGACCGAGAAGCGCAUCCUGGCCCUGGCCCGCCGACACCCCUACCUCACCCAGCUGUACUGCUGCUUCCAGACACGGGACCGAUUGUUUUUUGUAAUGGAAUACGUGAACGGAGGAGACCUGAUGUUCCAGAUUCAGCGAUCCAGGAAGUUCGACGAGUCUCGCUCUCGUUUCUACGCCGCCGAAGUCACCUCAGCCCUCAUGUUCCUGCACCGCAACGGGGUCAUCUACAGGGAUCUGAAGCUCGAUAACAUCCUGUUGGAUGCGGAGGGACACUGUAAGCUGGCGGACUUCGGCAUGUGCAAAGAAGGCAUCAAGAACGGAGUCACCACCACCACGUUCUGCGGCACGCCUGACUACAUCGCCCCUGAGAUCCUGCAGGAGCUGGAGUACGGCGCAUCGGUGGACUGGUGGGCCCUCGGGGUGCUGAUGUACGAGAUGAUGGCGGGGCAGCCUCCGUUUGAGGCAGAUAACGAAGACGACUUGUUUGAGUCGAUUCUCCAUGACGACGUCCUCUACCCCGUGUGGCUCAGCAAGGAAGCUGUUUCUAUCCUGCGAGCGUUCAUGACGAAGAACCCGGCCAAGCGCCUGGGCUGCGUGGUGAGCCAAGGCUGCGAGGAGGCCAUCAAGACCCAUGCUUUCUUCAGAGAGAUUGACUGGGUGCUGCUGGAGCUGAGAAAAGUCAAACCCCCCUUUAAACCGCGUAUUAAGACAAAGCGUGAUGUGAAUAACUUUGAUCAGGACUUCACAAAGGAAGACCCAGUGUUGACGCCCACGGACGAGGCCAUCAUCCGACAGAUCAACCAGGAUGAGUUCAAGGACUUCUCCUACUGUGCCCCUGAGGAGACACAAACCUAACACACAUACGCACACACACUCACACACACACACAGAAAUAUCCAACAACACUACACCUGGCACGCAUGUAUGCACACUCAGCUGACAUUCAUACAUGUCUAGAAACAUAAAUCCCUUUACAAAACACACACAACCACUCUUUUACUUUGAAGCUAUUGGUUGUUGUUACUCUUUUGAAUAUUCUUUACUUGCAUUGUGUUGUUCUUGUUGCCUGGGUUUAUUAUGAAUAUAAAUAUGACUAUGACUAUGAAUAUACACAGCUGCACACGCUCUCGCACACACAAUCCCAUGUUGCACAUUUUUUAUGUAGGUUUACACACACUACAACCCCAUGUUACACAUAUUUAAUGUAGGUUUGUACACACUACAAUCCCAUGUUUUACUCUCUGCGCUCACUACACAUGCUCAGACAACCAAAACACACACACACACACACUUACUGCUUCUCUCCCCCAGCACCAGGACUGUGCAGUGUGUGCUGGGUGCAGAGGCCUGUAAAUAGCCUGUACUGAGUGGCUGUAUUGUGUCAGUAUCGUCCGUUGUGGCGCAUGGACAAGCACCCUACCUGUGUUAUUACUGUCCUUAUUGUGGAGCAGUUAGGGGCAAAUAUUUGUGCAAUACCCUGACUAUCAAUAUAUUUGAUUUGUUUCUUGAAGUGUUAUUUUUGUUUUUUGUUUUUUUCUUCAAAAUGUUUUUGUGUGUGUGUGUUUGUGUGUAUGUGGUAUGAUUGAACCCUUGUGCUCAUCAUGCUUCCGUCUUGUGUGUAUAUAAUGUGAAUGUCGAGCUUACAAGUUACAGGUUAUUGAACUAAUUAUGUGGAGCAGAAGAGUGUUACAGGCGGCCUGUGUAGCAGCGUAAAGCCAGAUUUCCAGCUACUUCAUCCAUCUGCUGGUUUUCCAAGUCUGUCCCGCCACCGGGAAUGUUCUGGCCCGUGGUCGUUAUUUUUGUUGUGAAUGUACAUAUUCGUAUGUGCGAAUGUAUGCCUGAUUUUUCUUUCUCUCUGUCGGUGUCACUUUUUGUCCUCAGUGUUUCUGUUUCUAUAGUUACCGUCAGUGUUUCCCCCCACCCACCCCAACCCCCGUGUCCUUCCCCCUUCUCAAAAGCCCCAAUUCCCCUUUCCUGCCUCCAGCAACCGUCUCACUCAGCCAAAACCACUUGCUUUUCUGACUUUUGCUUUUUCUUUCAAGAAUGGCUUUUCACUCUUACGGCUCUCUUUCUUUUUUAUCAUAUGUAUUAUUGUAAAGUGUAUCCGGAGGAAACCUUUGUGUAUAAUACUAUAACUAUACUAUCAUAGUUCUGUUACAGCCGGGCAAAAAGAAAUGUGGAAAACCAGCAGCUGAAUUACCUCUCAUUUCCAAUACACACACACACACACACACACACACACACACACAUACAAGCAAAACACCAAAUACAAACUCUCUCCUUUACCUCUUCCUUCUUAUUAUCCUUCUCUUUCUGACACACACACAAACAUGCAAACACAGAGAAGGACUGUUGUCGCGUGUACUGUAAAGUGAACUGAAGGUGAGCUGGUCGCUCUGUGUGCAGUAGAGUCGGUGUGUAGUGACGCUUUGUGCACCCAGGGGUAAGGCUGUUCCUGGUCACACUAUCUUACUCUGUGCCAAAAUGUAGUGCAACAGCCGGGCUAGUCCUGUCUGGUCUGAUUCCAAUAAAACACUGAGCUGUCUACAUCA